UCGAGCGAUGAAUUAGAAGGUCGGAAACGGUAGAAGCAGAAAAGUGUUUUGGUUUUUUUUUUAUUUUAUAAAAACAUAUUUGGAAUUUUAUUUAAAAUUUAUUUUUAUUUUAUUGAAUUUACAAAAUACAAAAAAUUUUUAACAGUAUUGAAAAUUUUUUUUUUAUUUAGUAUUAUUAUUGAAAUUUACAUUUAAAAAAUUUAUGAAAAUUAAAAGAACCGUAUUAUCAAGAAUAACUUGUAUAACAAUUUAUUUACGUUUGUUUUUUUAUUUCUAAAGUGUUAUAAGUUGAACGAUUUUUAAAAACUAUAUUUUUAUUAAUUAUUCAUUAAAAUAACUUGUUUGUAAAAAUAUUUGGCAAUUUAUUAUAAAAUCAAUUAAAUUAUAAUAAUUUUAAAUUAAAAGAAACAAUAACAAAACAUAAAAUUUGUGAUUAUAAGUGAAGAAAUUCCAAACUAAUUUAGUGCAUGUGCUAAGUAAAGUAUAAAUAAUAGAGAAGUUAAUUUGGAAAAAAUUUAAUAAAUAGAAAAUUUUAUUAUAAUAAAAGUUAAAAGAUAAUUGUUGAGCCUAAAAUUUGAUUUAAUAAAUCAGAUGCAAAAAUAUUUAUUGAAAUAAAGUCAUUGUUAAGGAUUACGUAGUAAAAAUGAAAGCACUUAUUGUAACAUUGAGCACACUUUUUGUAAUAGUAAAGGAUUCAAUAGCACAAGAUGAUGGAAAUGGGUUAUACAGUAGACGUUACGAAAGAUUGGAUAUAGACACAAUUUUAGCCAGUCCCAGACUUGUCACAAAUUAUGUGGAUUGUUUACUAAGUAAAAAACCAUGUCCACCAGAAGGAAAAGCAUUAAAAAGAAUAUUGCCAGAAGCUCUGCGAACAAAAUGCGGAAGAUGUUGGCCAAGUCAAAAAGAGGGUGCUCUAAAGGUAAUUACUGCGUUGUAUUAUGAUUAUCCACAACAUUAUCAAGCAUUAAGAGAACGAUGGGAUCCAACUGGUGAAUAUAAUCGUAGGUUUGAAGAAUAUUUACACGAUCAGAGAUUUAAUGUUAUUAAUAGUAAUGCUGGUCAAGAUGGAAUUGAGCAAGGAGAUACAUCACAGGUACUACGACGUCCUACCAAGAAACGUAUAAUUCCGACAAUAACAAAAACAACUGUUCAGUCAGCGACAUUCAAUCCUGUUAAUAAUCCACCACCAUCUGAAGAACAGUUAGGAGAGGCAAGUGGAACAGUUGCCAAUCGAUUUGGUUCGCCUGAUCAAGAAAAUAAAAUACCACAAAAUCAAAAUCCUGUAAUUAUAUCUUCGACAACAACAUAUAGACCGCCAAUAACUAGAACCAAUAAACCAAUAACACUUGGAACAAGAUCACCAACUACAAAAAGAAUUCAACGUAUCCCACAAACAGUAGCUACACCACUAAAUACACCACCACCACUUCCUGGUUUUGUAACACAUACAACACUUCAAACAAAUAAUCCAAUUCUAAAAGUAAUUAAUCAUUUAACACUAAAAGUUGCGAAUACUGCAGAACUUUUAGCAGGAAUGUUAAAUGGAGCUACAUCACAAAAAAAAGUUAUAACGAUCUCAACGCCAUUAUUUACGGUCAAGAAAACCUAUGGACGUUAAUAAAAUUGAUUCUUGAAUUUAUCAGACGUUUUAGGCUGACAUUUUUUUGCACGAUACUAUCAUGGAAUUUCGUGUGAGCACACUUAGUAUAAAUUAAAACAAAAAAGAACUCAAAAUCGAUUGGACUGUUUUUCAUCAAAAGCCAUCAUCAAAAAAUUUAUAAUUUAAGUUUCAUUUUAGCAUUUAAGUUUUGUUAAUUUCAAAAUUAAUUUUAAAAUCAUAAAUUAGUGAAGAUCAAAAUUUUUUUUAUCUUGUUCUAAAUUUUGUUGGUAUUUUAUGAAUAGGAAAUAAAAAAUUAUCGUAUGUACUGCUUUAGAAGUAUUAAAUUUUGUUAAAAUAUUUCUAAAUUCAAAAUUGUUAUCAAAAUAUUGUGAAUUUAUUUUUGUAGUUUUAAUUAAAAUAUUUGUAAAUUUAUUAUAUAAUAUGCACUAUUUUAAUUAUAUAAAAAAAAAUUUAAAUAAUGUUG